AUGUUCCUCAUGGAAAUCAGUUAUAUGUCCUUUUUUGAAGCGACCAUAACUUCAGUACUCUCUCUGCUGCUGCUUUUGGCUGCAUCUCACCAGUUGUGGUCCCUCAGAUGGCACAGCACAAGGGACAGGGGAUGCAAUUUACCUCUUCCAAAAGGAUCAAUGGGAUGGCCGUUCUUUGGGGAAACUCUGCACUGGCUAGUCCAGGGCUCUAAUUUUCACAGUUCUAGAAGGGAGAAGUAUGGCAAUAUAUUCAAGACCCAUCUGCUGGGAAAGCCUGUCAUUCGUGUGACCGGGGCAGAAAACAUUCGCAAAAUUUUGUUAGGAGAACACAAUCUUGUUUGUACUCAGUGGCCCCAAAGCACCCAGAUCAUCCUGGGCUCCCAUACCUUGGCCAAUUCUAUAGGGGAGCUCCACCGUCAGAAGAGAAAGAUCAUGGCCAAACUGUUUACCCAGUCAGCUUUGGAGAGCUACCUCCCCCGUAUCCAGGAAGCAGUGAGUUGUGAAGUGCAUGCCUGGUGCAGGGAACCUGGUCCAAUAGUCAUGUAUAAUUCAGCCAAAGCCCUCACCUUCCGUAUAGCAGCCCGUAUCCUGCUUGGACUCAAACUUGAUGAUGUGCAAUUUAAAGAAUUGGCGAAGACUUUUGAGCAGCUGGUGGAGAACCUCUUCUCGCUUCCCUUGGACAUUCCAUUUAGUGGACUGCGAAAGGGUAUUAAAGCACGUGAUAUUUUGCACCAAUACAUGGAGGACGCCAUAAAAGAAAAACUUAAAAGAAAAGACCCUACAUCACAGGAGGAUGCAUUAGAUCAUCUUAUAAACAGCGCCAAGGAGGAUGGCAAGGAAUUAAACAUGCAGGAAUUAAAGGAAACAGCAAUUGAACUUAUAUUUGCUGCUUUUUUCACCACUGCUAGUGCAAGUACUUCUCUCAUCCUCCUACUGCUAAAGCACCAAUUUGCCAUCCAUAAAAUAAGACAUGAACUGGCAUCUCAUGGACUUAGCAAACAAUGCCAAUGCCAGCCUGAUGUAAACAACCCAAAUAACAAUAUUGUCUCCCAUCAUGACCAUUUUGUAGACGGGCAGUGUAUGACCCCUGGCUGUAACCUACCUGGAAUGCUGGGCUCUGGAGGGAAUGUUCAAAAGCUCUGGGAACAAACCAAACGUAUUAUAGGUGAUAAAAAUGAACUUGAGCCAUUGAAUUCUUUAUCUAAGGGAAGACAAGAUGGCAUUGAUGAGGAUAGUAAAUGUCAUGAUAUGAACUAUAAUCCAGAUAAACCAAGACAUAUCUUUACCUGUGCUACAUCCUCUGGUGAAUUUCAAGCCUUAAACUCUGAGUGUACAUGUAAAUUCAACCUAAGCCUUGACAAACUCAGAAGCCUGCGCUACCUGGACUGUGUAGUGAAGGAAGUUCUCCGCCUGCUCCCCCCGAUCUCUGGAGGCUACAGGACAGCACUUCAGACCUUUGAGUUGGAUGGUUACCAGAUCCCCAAAGGCUGGAGUGUUAUGUACAGUAUAAGAGACACCCAUGAGACUGCUGCAGUUUAUCAAAAUGUUGAGUUAUUUGACCCAGAUCGAUUCAGUUCAGAAAGAGAUGAAGGCAAAAUGGGUCGCUACAACUACAUUCCUUUUGGGGGUGGCAUUAGAAAUUGUAUUGGCAAGGAACUGGCACUGGUCAUCCUAAAAACCCUGGCUGUGGAGCUUGUGGGUACUGCCAAAUGGGAACUAGCUACAACGCAAUUUCCCAAAAUGCAAACUGUUCCAAUAGUGCAUCCAGUUGAUGGACUUCACCUUUUCUUUAACUUUUUAGGAUCCAGUGAAAAAAUAUCCAAAAAGUCAGGAUUAUACAGACCUUGAAGUACCUGGCUAACAUCUCUUAAAUUAUUGGAAUGCUGUCCAUAUGAUUAUUUGAAAUAGUUUACGGUCCAUAAAAGG